GGUAGCGAGAUCGGCUAAGGGGUGGAACGGUGUCUUGGGAGCACGUGGGUGCGCGCUCUGAGUUUUUCUUCUGGCUCCGUUAGAGUUGCGUGCCGCCGCCGCCGCCGCCAUGGACACAGUGAAGCCAAAUCCCGGGCAGGCGGAGGAUGGAGAGGCCGAGUCCAACUGGAGCAUCCCACCCAACGCGCCCGCCUGCAUGGAGCGGCACCUCGACGGGGCCCACUACCGGGCAGAUGGUGCCUUGCUCCUGGGAGCAUCCAGCUUGAGUGGACGGUGCUGGGUUGGUUCCAUUUGGGUAUUCAAGGAUCCAUCAAAAGCACCUAAUGAAGGUUUUUGCUCAGCAGGCGUUCAAACUGAAGCAGGCAUAGCAGAUCUGAAAUGGGUGGAUAAUAAAGGCAUCUUGGUAGCUUCUGAUUCAGGUGCUCUGGAACUUUGGGAGCUGGAUGAGAACGAGACUCUGAUAGUGAACAAAUUCUGUAAGUACGAGCAUGACGACAUUGUGACAACAGUGAGUGUCCUUACCAACAAUACACAGGCGGUCAGCGGCAGCAAAGACUUCAGUGUGAAGAUCUGGGACAUCCCUCAGGAAACGGUGCUCAAUUCCUACAGAGCUCAUUCUGGUCAAGUGACAUGUGUUGCAUCCUGCCCUGGAAAGGAUACAGUGUUCUUGUCCUGCGCUGAGGAUAGCAGGAUUUUACUCUGGGAUACCAGGUCUCCAAAACCAGCAACUCGCAUUACCUGUGGUGCCUCUAGUAAUCUUUCUACCUCACUGGUGUGGCAUCCACAUCAAAAAGACACUUUUGUUUUGGGUGAUGAAAAUGGAACUGUUGUCCUUGUAGACACAAAGAAACCAGACUCUGCGCUCAGCACAGAUGUGCAUUCUCGAAGUGUUACGGGAUUUGCUUUUUCAGCACAUAGUUCACCCCUUCUGGCUUCCAUCAGUGAAGACUGCUCCGUAGUUGUUCUUGAUUCCAGCUUUUCAGAAGUUUUCAGAAACCGCUCCCAUCGAGACUUUGUGAAAGGGUUGUCAUGGUCACCAUCAGACAAAGGCUCCUUAACGACUGUUGGAUGGGACCAUCAGGUUCUACAUCAUGUCGUUCCAACACAGAAUAGCCAUCCUUCUACAAAUAAUGACAUUACUGCAUAGUUUUUAUAUGUUCUUUUUUGAGUCCUUCUCCCUGGAAUAGCAUUUGUUUUGUUUUGUCAUGUCCUAGGGGAUGAAUGUGGUCUUUGCAGUUUAGAAGAAAGGUCCUGUAACAAUUUCAUGUUAGAUGAGGGCUAGCCUCAUACCAGCUGCUCGUUGCGCCAGUCUGGAUCUGCCUGUAAUAGAGGUUUCAUUGUAGGACAGAGGCUCACUUGGCAUGUAUUUGUCUUUUUUAACUUCACUGUACUUCUCAGAAUGUCCAAUUAGUAGGAAAAAAAUGGGGAAGUAAUCCAGCCACAGGAACAGAGAUGGUUCAAAGGAAGCCUUGCAAGACUUGGCUGUUGUCAGCAUCCAUCUUGGUCCCAUCUGUGCUAAGGGCAUCGCUUUAAAUGGUUCAACCUCAAGGAUGCAAUGCUUUGUAAUACACAGCGGCUUCUUGGCAGGGAUGGGGAUGUACACAUCAGACAUAAAAAACAUGAGCCAUAUAUCAUUAUAAAGUGUCUUCUGAACAGUCUUUCUAGCACUCCCUAGCCACGAUUGUAAUGCUAGACUGUAAUAUGCUAUAGAGGAAAAAUUCACCAGAUUAUGUAAUUAAGAAAAAAAUCCUUGAAUGCCCCUGUCAUGGUAUACUAGAUAUCUGUGGCCUGGGCGCAUAGAAUGGUUGAACUUGCUCUAUGUACCCAAAAGGUUUUGGGGAUUUAUAUUUCUUGAACUACAGGUCCUCAUGCAGCAUGGCAAAGCGGCUUUGGAAACUAAGACAAGUAGCAAUAGGAUUAGGGAUCUUCUGUUCAAAGAAUUGGGACAGGGAGUGGAAACCUCUGCUGGGUUGAACCCAAACCUUUGUCUGGGUCUUUGAAUCCCAGCCCAUUGCCGUCUGUGAGACUAUGUUUGUACAUAAAGCAAGGCUGAUUCAGGAAGGACCAGGGGGAAAUGGUUCAUUUGGCCCACUGUACAGUUACGAGGGAGGAUACUUUCUCUUCUUUUGUGUCUUCUGGUUUUUGGUUAUGUGAUAUGAAGAAAAGGGUGCUCUCAUCCCUUCUGAGGUAUUGAGCAACUGCAUCUUGCUCUAGAAAUAUCUUACAGUCUUCAUAGAGUCCUUGAACUCUCGUUACUGCUCAAGGAUUCUGCCUCUACCUGCUCUUACAGUAUGGGGGCAUUUGGACUUAAGAUACUAUUUUAUUUUUAAUGUUGCAUCCUUGUGAGAGAGAGAGAGAGAGCAAAGCACUCAUCUGUAGUAAAAUAUUGUUUUGAAUCUGGUUGUUUCAUUUAGACUAUAGACCAUUUCUAAAUUAACAUGUGUGAAGUUUUAUUUUGGGUGGUAGAAGAGUGUUAGACUGUCCUCUGGAUCCCAGAAACCCUUAUACAGGACAGUUUGUGAACCAAGCUUGGUGAUUUGUGAAUCCUUCAUGAGGCAGAUAGCUGAUAGUCACUUCUCCUGCAAUAUGUGGUCAUCAGCUUUUCAAAAUAAAAGGAGAUCUGGCAGCUUUUAUCCUUUUUAUAGGUCUCCUGUGGAACUGCUCUGUGAAAUCCCAACUUUUUUGGUACCCUGCAGCCCAUUUUUUGGGUAGAUAGCCUAACUUGUUAAUGUUAUGUGUUUUAUUUUUGUUAAGUUUAUUCAUGUCACAGUUCCAUGGUGGAAUGGAAUAUUUAGAAUGGGCACGCUGAUGUCAGACAUCAUGAUACUGUCAUGAGAUGCUUGUAUAGAAGAACUUAUUGGGGGGGGGUUCUUAUGUGAUAUUUUGAAGCAAAGGAGGACGAACUUUAUGCUGAUUUGUUGCUGGUAACAAGCACUAAUUCAGGACAUGUGUGUCACAUGAAAGGAACACAGAUAACCACAGGAAAAAAAGGGAAGGUAGUGUUUUUUUUUAAAUAAACCCCUUUUCAUUUUUAUACAGGUGUAUGCUUAAUGUUACUCUUUCACUGAC